AUGGUUACCUCUGGAUCUCCUUCCGAAUCUCCCCGUGGAGCUCCCAGCAACAUUGAUGCUUUUGCUCUGUUUGAGGCUCUUACGGGCCACAAAAUCGACCGGCGCUCUAUUCCUUCUAGGACUAUGUCCGAGGACUACGAGGUCCUCGGCAACGAUGGGGAUGACCGCCCUCCCCUCGGCCAGGAGCCUUCUCCCGAUGAGCCUCCCAAGGACGUGUUCAUCGGCGCCAUCAACCCGUAUGCCCUGGUUGAGGCCAUGAUCGGCCAUCGAUUGGACCGUCGUGCUCUUUCCACCGCGCGUAUCCUCGCGGAUGUUCUGCAGACCGAUUACGAGGAGCUCUUCGACAUGAAGCACGACUCGGUGCUCUUUGCUGGCCUCAAGCUCAACGAAGACAACCGCCAGGCCGAGGAGAUCCCCGAGAAAGAGAUACAGAUCCUCGAGGAGCGCGACCUUGUCACUCCCGACUUGUCCCGCGUCAAGAAGCUCGACGACCUCGAGAAGAUCGGCCUGAAGGAGCUCGGUGAUGUCCGCAUCAAGAUAGCCCAUAUGCAGAAUGGCAAGCUCCGUCUUGUCCUCGAUGGCCAAUCUCUCGGCAAGACUGUCAGUAACCGCGAGGUUACAGAGACCAUCAACGAUCUUGCCCUUCCCUUCCGCCACGGAAAGGAAAACCAACCGUGGUCUCCCCCUAACGGCUCCUGGCGCGAUAUGAACGACAUUCUCUCCCGAGGUUUCCCGCGUCGCCCCAUGAUGGACGGUCCACCCUUCGCCAUGCACGGCGGCCUCCACCAAUUCCGGGAGCAAUACCAACACCGCUUCGACGACCCGACCCAGGGAGCUUCGAGCGACAGCUGGCUAAUCGCAGCCAUCUUCUCCGUGUUCUGGGCGAACCCGGCCAUGAUCAACCGAUCCACGCGGAUGACGAUGACCGGGCCUAUGGACCGCGCCCGCCGCACCCUGAGCGUCCGCUUCCACGACAAGGGCGGUCGUAACAACGCCGACACAGACACCGUCGAGGUCGACUACAUGAUCCCCGUCAACAACUCGACCGACAUGCCCAUCUACGCGCGCUCCAGCGACGGCUGCGAGGCUUGGCCCGCGCUCUACGAGAAGGCCUUCAUCAAGUGGAUGACGCGCACCGAAGACCGCAGUCGUGUCGACAUGACACAGGCACACAACGGCGACCCAAUCAAGGCCAUGGCCCAAAUCAACGGCCGCGAGCCCCGUUAUUACUUCACCGACCGCCACUCCGGGCCUGAGCUCGUGGGCAUUGUGCGCUCGUGCAGCGUGAACAGGCGCACGAUUAGUCCUAUGGCUGCGUGGACGCACGCCACGGGAGACAUGUUCCGCGGAAGCAAUCUGGUUGCUAACCAUGCGUACUCGGUCCUGGGCUGGGUCAGCGAGGGCCAGGAGAAUAACCAAUACAUCAUUAUUAGGAACCCGUGGGGCGUCACCGAACCUCGCGGCCUAACCUCGUACCCCGGCCUUCUUGACCGCGUCGAGCCCGAAUUCUGGCCACCGGCGGCUCUCCUUGACCGCGAUGGUGUUUUCAGCGUCGAGGUUCAGGCUUUUAAGAAGUACUUCGCCUGCAUCGGCGUUGCCAAAUAA